AGAUAACAUGAGCAACUUGCUCAGCGCGCGGAAAAGCGCAGUGCUUUCCGGAGGAGCUGCAGAGUGUGACCACCAGGGUGGAGGAGCACGUGGAUGGACACAAACAGGAAACGGGCAACAUCUAGAUGAACUAAAAGUGUCGUCGACGUCGAAAGCAGCAACUACAACACGCACGUCUUCAAAGCUACUGAACUUCGAGCCAGGAGUGGGGCUCAAAUUGACAGCACUUUUGCCGAAAACGUUUCAGAUGAAUUUGCUCUCUGGUCGGCGAGAAAAUCUAAAUCAUGGGGUCGACAAUAAAACCUGUUUGAGUUGUACUAGUACUUCUGAAGGACGAACAUCUACAUCAGGCGCAGCUCCUACAGCAUCUCCUGUCGAGGGCAGAAGUACUACGACGAUGAGGACGACCACAGGGACUUCUAACAUCGUCGACACUUCUACAGGAGGCCGCGGAAAAGUGGACCGGAAGUUGGAGAAUCAAAAUACUUGCUCGACAACCAACUCCAACUACGCUUCUUCGAAGGUAUGAAUUGCAAAAAUGUCUGGGUCUGGAAGAUUGCCAGAUUUGCCAUGCUAGUCUGGCAUGACUCUGAACUCUGUAUUGCGUGCCCGCGAAAAGCGCUUCCUAUCUGUCAUGCAAAAACGCAGUUUCUCAUGCGGAUUAGGAUUACGCAACUCUCUCUGAACCACGGAAAAACUUGUCAUGCUGGACAGCGCAUUACUACAGUGCGCUCACUCGUCCCUUUCUUGCAUCACAAGUUUCCAGACCCAGACAUUUUUGCAUUUGAUAGAAGGAAACAACCUCUGCGAUGAACGUCCUCAGCAGCCGCACCAGUUGUACUAGUUCUAGUAGGUUAUGGGAGUGUCAGGAUUGAAAUCGACAAAGUUGAAAUGAUUUGUAAUGCAUAAAACGGAUACCAGUUGGCGCCUAGCUUUCAAGUGGCGCAUGAAAAAUCUGGGUAGAGCCGAAAUCCGGUUUGUAAUGCUGUUUGGGUACGAGAGAAGCCUUUUGUCAUGCUACUUUAGCGCCUCUACUUCUACCCCUCAACAGGCUCACAAUCUGCCUCCUUUGCCUUCUCUGCAAGACAGGCAUUUUGUGGGUUGCAUUUUAUGCAUCGCAAACUAUUUCAACUUUGACGAUUUCAAUCCUGACGCUUCUAUAUAGCUGCUCUGGCGGCUAUGAUAAUUCGAGUGCACAUCCUGCCGCUGUUCCUCAACAGCGACUUUUGCUCGGCAAGAACAUCUAUCCUGUGCAAAAGUAUCGUACUCGUAGUAAUCGCGUUCAUGCAAUACAUCAAAUUUUAUUUCUCAUGCUGAGGAAAUUUGUCAUGCGACUUAUAUAUACUAGUACGAUGCUUUUGCAUUUCAUAACAUCGACCUCCUCAGUUGCUCUUCUUCGCUCCUACAGUGGCCAGCCCGGCGCUCGGACAAGAACUCCUCUUCAUCUUCGGUGCCAUAUGAACUGCAAAAGUAAAAACGUAUUCGUAUAAAUGCAUUACAAAUUUCCUCAGCAUGAGAAAUAAAAUUUGUAAUGCUGAUUUACCUUCAGAGAAAGAUUUGUAAUGCAUGAUUGCAAUACGAGUGCGAUACUUUUGCACACGAUAUGCCAGCUAGUUGCACGACACCGGAGGAUCUAACCAGUUCUUAUCCAGGAAAAAACACAGCACAUCCCCAUCAAUUUUUCGCAUGACGAACACUGAAUUUUAUGCAUGUUUUGCAUGACAAAUUGAAUGGGGAUGGGUGUUUUUUCCUGGAUAGUUCCUCGAAAGAAACCAUGAUCGCGCCGCCGGCGCACGAAGUUGUAUCUGCAGCAGCGGAAGCACAUGAUGCACAGCAGGCGCAGGAGAAGCGAAAAGAUGAUCAAGAUGUUAAUGAGGAGCGUAGGC